GCCGGGUGUCCCCAAGCAGCGUCCCGGCCCAGCGCUGGCACCCCGCGGCCUACGGAUCGCCAGGCACGGGGGCAGCGGAUGGCCGGGCAGGGCCGUGCUGCGGCUGCCACGGUGGAGGCUGAGCUCUCCCUCCUGCGCCCGGUAAACACAGCCGCGGCUGCGUGCUCCGGGUCCACGGGCCCUCCCCUCCCACGCAGCCGUACGGCAGCGCCCGCCCUGCCCAACGCUUCCCCCGGCAGCGCCCCGGCCUUGAGGACCGAAAGCCUUGCUGCGGGUUUAACGCUCCAGACCCCUCCAAAGCCCUGGCUACUUGGCUGCGGAUGGGUGUCCGCCCGGGUUGCUCUGGCCUGGCCUGAUCUCUGGCGUGGAGUGUCGCUGCCCCGCUGAUGGUUGCCAGAGAGGAUCUAAUCUGACCUGACGCCCGUCUCCGCUGCGGAAGGAGUUGGCUUGGUUUGCAGAUGAGGUAUGAGUGACCAGGCUUGCCCCCAGCCCUGAGCAGCCGGAGCCACCGGGAGCAGGGCCAGGAUGCCGAUCCCUCCUCCCCCGCCGCCGCCGCCGCCCGGCCCCCCGCCGCCUCCCACCUUCAGCCAGGCGAACACAGAGCUGCCGAAACUGAGCCGAGAGGAGCAGCGGGGCCGCGGGGCCCUCCUGCAGGACAUCUGUAAAGGGACCAAGCUAAAGAAAGUGACACAGAUCAAUGACCGGAGCGCACCGAUCCUAGAGAAGCCCAAGGGCAGCGGUGGCAGCAGCUACAGCUGUAGCUCAGCUGCAAUCCAGCCGAAGGGUGGUCUCUUUCAGGGCGGCGUGCCCAAGCUCAGACCCGUGGGAGUGAAGGACAGCUCAGACAGCUCCGGUAAGCAAACCCUGCAAGUCCCCAGCUCCAGAGCAGCCGCCCCCAGGCCUCCGGUGCCGGCCAGCAACAGCCGACCUCAAGAUGAUGCUGAGAACAGCCGAGCCUCUCCCCCGGAGCUGCCGCGCACGCAGAGGCCAUCCCUGCCGGAUCUCUCCCGGCCCAACACCGCUGGCAGCACCGGCAUGAAGCACAGCUCAUCCGCCCCGCCGCCCCCGCCGCCGGGCCGCCGCGCCGCCGCGCCUCCCGCCCCUCCUCCGGCGCACGGCACCAAGGUCUCUUCCUACAACCGGGAGAAGCCCCUGCCGCCCACCCCGGGACAGCGACUGCCCGUGAGCAGGGACGGACCCCCAGCCCCGCCACCCAUCAAGCCCCCUCCCUCCCCAGUCAGUAUCCGAACGGGGUCGGGGGCUCAGGGCCAGUCUCUCGCCCCCCCGCCGCCCCCUUAUCGACAACCCCCCGGUGUCCCCAACGGCCCUUCCAGCCCCAUCAACGAGUCCGCCCCGGAGCUGCCGCAGAGACACAACUCCUUGCACAGGAAGACUCCGGGCCCUUUGCGGGGUCUUGCGCCGCCACCGCCCGCUUCAGCCUCCCCGUCUCUCCAGAGCAGUCGCCCCCCUCCGCCGGCCAGAGACCCCCCCAGCCGGGGAGCAGCCCCGCCACCCCCGCCGCCGAUGCUGCGAAACGGGGGGCGUGAUGCCCCCCCACCCCCGCCCCCCUACAGACUGCACGGCUCCGCCGAGCCCCCCAGCCGAGGGAAACCGCCGCCGCCGCCCACGAGGACGCCGGCCGGGCCGCCGCCACCACCUCCGCCGGUGCGGAACGGGCACCGGGACUCCAUCGCCACCGUCAGAGCGUUCCUGGAUGAUUUUGAAUCCAAAUACUCCUUUCAUCCUGUCGAAGACUUCCCAGCCCCAGAAGAAUAUAAAUACUUCCAGAGAAUCUACCCCAGCAAAACAAACAGAGCUACACGCGGGGCUCCCCCUCUGCCCCCCAUCCCCAGGUGAAAGCGGGCUGCCCAGGCGGAUUGUUCCUGAGCAGAGACACGGGACCUCCUUCCCCUUCCUCAGACGGGCCCUCCCCGCCUCCUUGCCCCCCAGGAUCCUGCAUGAGAAUCUCCCAGCGUCUUUGGUUUUCCCAGCUGCGCCAGGACGAGCGGAUACCCCCACCUCGCUCUCUCCUCCAACCCACCCCCAUCUAUGCAGCUCCCCCGGGACGUGGGGACCUCGCUGGCAAGCCCGGAUGGGUCCUCUCCUCCUCGCAGAGCCCGGGGCGGGCCGGGACCCCGCGUCCAGCCGCAGCCUGGGAGCUGGGCACGAGGAUUUUGGGGCAGAGGCCGAGGUGUGCGGCUGUUGGGACCAGAAUUGGCCCCAGUGCCCGAGGCUGGGACCAGAGGUGGCUCCAGUGCCCGAAUCCUCGGGGCUGGCGGGGCAGAGCGAGGGCUUAGAGAGGAGCUGGGGGAGGGCGGGAGACGGACACGCUGCGUGAUCACGAGGGGAACCGGGACAGGCCACCGUGGAGCCUCGUUACCCCGGCACAGCUGAUUGCUUUUUUUGCACAGGAGCCAGUGGAGGAGCUGAUGGGGGGGUGGGAGGGGUGAGUGGGACCAUCCAGGGAACCCCCGACGGCGCUGGGGACUGGGGGGACACACACACACAGGACAUGUCCCCGAUGCCACCCGCCGCAGCCGCCGGCCUUUCACACCGCUGGGUCUUAAUGGGGCGAGGAGGCGCCCGGCAGUGGCAGCCCGGCUUUUAAUGCUAAAUUACCAAACUAGAGCAUUUUAACAGGAAGACACUAAUUGUCCGUGGAGGAAGCCGGGGGUGCCGUUACCGUGGGGGCGGGGGGGUGUUGUUCUGUUUCUUAUGUAGCCGGGGUGGGGGGGGACCUGGGGCCACAGCCCCCGUGCCGGGGGGGCUCCGGCUGACGUUUUGCCUUACACACUACCCUGUCCAACUGUUGGUACCGGGCUGGUUUCUCUGUAUUUACUCGCAGUACUGGGGGGGGGGGGGCUGGACAUUAACUGUAGUUACUGAUCUAUUUUGUACGUUGUAAAAAGCUUGUACCAUAGGAGGAAGGUGGGCUCACUGCGGGUGUACUAAACCUCCCCUCUAAACCUCCCCUCUAACUCUUUUGGGGUUUGUUUUGGGUUGGUUUUUUGUUGUUUGUUUGGUUUGGUUUGUUGUUUUUUUUUUGGUGUUUUUUUUUUUUUUUUUACAAAGUUGGAACUUUUUCCCUGUGUAGCUGGAGCGAGGAAGCGCAGGGCAGGGAAGGGGGUUCUCUGCAGGAUGAACCCCCCCUUCCCGAGCCCCGAAGUUUUGGUUUAAAUGUUAAAAAAAAGGUUCUCCCCGAAUAGUUGGCUGCCCCUCCCGGGGGAGCGAGGGGCUGUUUUAAGAGGGAACAGAAUUAAAAACUGAAAAAGCUUGAAAUCGCAUUUAAAUAAAAGUAAUAAAGAUA